CACGGUAGUAAAUUUUUAUUGUGGGCGUUUACAUGCGUCGUCUUAACAAAAUUUAAGGGACCUAUGGACGUAAAUUCUUGGAAACUGAACCCUUGCUAGAAAAAAGGCCGGGUGCGACGUUGCCGUUUGGAAUCCCCGUGGCAGCGUCCGGGAGUACUGGAAGCCUUGAAGAAGUAACGGUUGAGUGAAAGAACGGGCGGCGUGUUUCGACCGCUUCAGUUAACGGCAACGUUCUUGAGCGCGCGUGGUGACUGCAGCUACAGCGCGGCCACGAACUUCGCAGUUUACUAUUUGGUCUGGCACGUUGGCAAGCGCGUAGGUUGCGUUCGCAUGCCAAACAAUCGACAUCGAGCCGGCAUUCAAUUCCUACCGUUCCUCAUACAAUCGGGCGGGGGGUCGUGCUACACGUUGGUGAAUACACCUUUAAAUUAAAAUGCAUCGCACCAGAGAAACAUGUGUUAUGCAUGGAGUGCGAUCAGUGUUAGGAAAAAACCGUUGAAACGUCCGCGACAACGUCAUAGACGUGUCAUACACACGCGCGCUGCUUAACAUUUUUGUUGCUGACAAAAUCUUCGUCCGGUGCGUGGCGCCGCGCGAAUGGGAUUGUGAUUGUGGAAGUGUGGAUUGUGGCGUGGCGAUUCCCUACGCUGGCGCCAGAGUAUACAAGAAGAGCGCUUGAGAGCGUCGGAUCGAUAUCGAAAAGCGGCCGAGAGCGAGGCAGCAUCCAGACUCGUGUGCGCCCGACGCUCAAUGACGUGCCAACACGCCCUACAGGGUGCUCGUUACGCGGUGGUCAAAAUCAAAGUGCGACAUCGAUUGACUGAAUAUCUUGAGAUGUUUAUCGAGAUGGAUUCGCGAUAAAAACGUUUCACAAAUAUGUUGGACCGACGGAUGAGACCUAAUACGGUAGUCCUGUGCUGCUUUUCGCUUCUGGUAUGCCUCUCUGUUUGGCAACUGAUCACGGGUCCCGGACCGCCGACGCCGUCCUACCUUUUGGAAGUCAGCACACCGCCCUCCCAAUUUGCCGCUAAUUGGAUCAGCGAUGCAAAUGUCACUUACGAGUACCCGUUAAACGUAUUAUUGCCAGAUGAUUAUCAUCAACUUAUUGAUAUGAACAACUUUAAUUUUACAAUCAUGAACAACGCCUGCAACGAGACAUCUCCGCUGCUUUUGAUCUUGAUACAUUCCGAUCCUAAAAACGUGCAUCGUCGAAAGGUGAUUCGCGAGACAUGGGGCCAGAAGAUGGAUAACGUUGUGCUACUGUUUGUUCUUGGAGAAAUGGACAGGAAGUUACAGGCGAAGUUGAACGCCGAAAACGAAACCUUUGCCGACUUUGUUCAAGGCAAUUUCGUCGAUUCAUACGAGAACGUAACUUAUAAGCACGCCAUGGUCUUCAAAUAUGCCAUUUAUCAUUGCCCCUCAGCCAAAUAUAUCCUUAAGACAGACGAUGACGUUUUUGUAAAUCUUAUCACCUUGAAAGAUUUUCUACAUGAAGAGUUGAGUCCUCAUGGUGGUAAAGAUUUAAUGUUCUGUAAUCUUCGUGAGAAGCCCGUAGUGAAUCGUUCGUAUCGUUCCAAAUGGCGUGUGAAAUUUUCGGAAUACCGCGAAAAUUACUACCCAGAUAUGUGUCCUGGCUGGUCUGUACUGUACUCACCCGAUGUAUUAUUUAAAAUUUACGUGGAACUGCAGAAGUCUUCAUAUUUUUGGAUUGACGAUGUGGUAAUUACCGGGGUACUACGUGAGAAGGCCAAUAUUACGUUAUCGAACAAUAAAGAUUGGGUAAUGAGCAAGAAAGCAUUGGAUUCUCUUCAUGAAUGGAAUGAAAGUAAGCCUUACCUCUAUGGCCCAGCCGACUUGAAAGCAGCUCAAAUUCGCCAACUGUGGAAUUACACAUUACAUCAUGUUCAUAGCAAACAAUUUCAUUAUACGUUUGCGCAGACGCAGCAGCACAAUCAUAAUCUCAACGCGACAUCAUCAUUGGUCACUUAAGUUACAUUUCAAGAUGUUUCUAGUCAAAAAUAUAUUAUCAGGAAUUUACAAUAUAUUUAAUGGGCGCACCAACGAUAUUGAAAAAUGGCGUCGUUCCUUAUGUUAAGUUAUAUUAAAAGACAACUACGUGAAUACCAAUGAUAUGCAGGUUGAUAGUAAAUAGGGCAGAGAUUAUACUUAUUCGAGAGAAGCAUACUGAAGACUGUUACUUAGAUUUAAAUUGUAGUUUAUUUUGUUAUGUAUGUUUCUCGGACAUGAAAGCGUUUUAGCUAAGUGCCUAAACAAAGUGCAAUGUUGAUUGAAAAAAACCGUUUUAAUUUUCUUAUAGGGGAGGGAGAUAUUUACUUUACUCCUCACUUAUAUAUAGCGUUUAAAAUUAUAAUCAGAUGCCAAUUACUUAAGUAGAAGGGUGUAUCGAAACCCCUGAACGCGUAAGCGUUGUCAUUUAAAACAGUGAAAAUUUAUAUUAGCAUUGAAUGGAUUUUAAAAAAUUUGAAAAAAUGGGUCCACAUACAAAACAUUAACGUUAUAGUAUCUAACAGAUUAAUAUGAGUAAAAAUAUAUUAUAUAAAGAAUAUUUUUAUCAUUAUAGUUUAUGGUGCAUAUAAUUGACGAUCGUUUAUAACAAAACCAAGUAUGCAAAACUUUUUGAAGAAUGAUAAAACUAUGUGCAGAGGUUGCUAGUGUUUUAGAAUUAUAGUUAUCUACUUGUACUUAAAAUUGUUUAAGUAUGUACUUAUAAGAGAAGAAUCCUAUUUAGUCAACAAAAUCAAGAUAUUCUAUUGAUACCAUUUUUUGAAACAUUUCAUUUGUGAUAAUUUUACUCUAAAAAGGAAUCAAAUUUAAUAUUGUAAUUAAAAGUACUAAAAUAUUCCCACAGAUUUGUGAGGAAUGCAAAAAUUUAAUUAGCAUAGUAUAUUCUCUUAAGCACUGUUUACUGUUAGAAUAUUUUUGGUCGUUCGGAGUGAGCAAAAUCUUUAAAUAAGUAUUUCAAGCAAUUCACAUUCAUCAUAUUCUCUUCUUUACAACUUGACAUAUUGUAUUUAUUUGGGAUAACACCCAAACUUAAUUAAGAAUUUCUGUAAUAACCCUGUUGUACUUACUAUAAAUUUGAAUAGGAAUUUCGUGUUGUUUAAUGAAGAGAGUUCGUUAAUUUUAUUGUAUUUUUUGUAUUAUUGUACUUAUUGUUUAUUUUCUGAUUAGAUUUAGUUUGCGUUGCGCUUAUUGUGGAGCAAUUUGUGCCAAGUAAAUAUACAUUAACUAAAUAAAA